AAAGGGUGUGGAGAACCUUAUUCUAGGCAUUAUGGAUCUGCUGGAUGACGUUAAGAACUGGUAUAACCACACGCUGGAAAAUGGAGAUGUACGAGUACAAGAAUGGAUGUUUAUGCAAGGUCCAGGCCCAACCAUCACCAUCUGUCUGUCUUAUGUCUACUUUGUUAAAGUACUCGGACCCCUUCUGAUGAAGAACCGAGAACCCUAUAACUUACGCUGGGUCAUGGUGCUAUACAAUUUCUUUAUGGUUUAUGCAAGCAUCUACUUAUUUCUUAAGCUUGGCUUCCUUGGUUGGUUUGGAAAAUACGACUAUAGAUGUCAACCUGUUGACUACUCUGAUCAUCCUGAUGCAGCAGAAAUGACCCAUGUAGCUUGGUGGUAUUACGUCUCCAAGUUUGUAGAAUUUUCAGAUACGAUUUUUUUCGUACUGAGAAAGAAGUUCUCUCACGUAUCUACACUCCAUGUAAUACAUCAUGGAGUUAUGCCUGUGAGUGUAUGGUGGGGAGUUAAGUUUACUCCAGGAGGACAUAGUACAUUCUUUGCAUUCAUCAACAGCUUCGUUCACAUUGUUAUGUAUAUCUAUUAUGGGAUAGCAGCUAUUGGACCGCAUAUGUACAAAUAUCUGUGGUGGAAAAAGUACAUUACAACCAUUCAAAUGGUUCAGUUUGUUGUGAUUUUUGUUCACUCAUUCCAACUGCUUUUCCGAGACUGCAAUUAUCCUAAAGGCUUUAUGUGGUGGAUUGGUUUUCAUGCGAUCCUUUUUUGGUUUCUUUUUUGGGACUUCUACAAAAAUACAUACAAGAAACCCAGAUCAUAUUUAAAAAAAAAUAAAAAUAUCCUAAGUCAUAAAAGUUUAUCUACUAACAAUAAUAGAAUUAAUGUUUUGGUCCAAAAAUAUGGUAUAAGCCUGAAAAAUGAAACAAAACUCUCUAAGGAAGCAUGACAAUUAAGAAAAAAUAACUGUCGUUUGGAGGUAAAUUAUAAUAAGAUUUUAAUACGUUUGAUUAUUUUGUUUGAAUGCUAGCUGAAAGGCACAGUUUUUAUCAAAAAAUCAAAAUCAUGGUACUGUGAUAAUAUAUGUAUUUUGUAUUUCAACCCAGUUGUUUUUACUGUUACUGAUGCUGUUAACAAAGAUAAGUAAGCUUUUUUUGUUAGUUUUGAAUAACUCUUCUAAUUAACUACUAAAGUUAAAUUUCAACUGAGUUUUGAGAGAAAAGACUAAAAGUAGACAAGAGUUGGUAUUUUCCAAUCUCUCAAUACCAUUAUAUAUUUUAUGAGAUUUGCAUUUAAGAAAAACUAUUUAUCUUUAUUU